AUGCAGGACGCUCAGAUGGAGGUGAUUGACCUCACACAUAGUUCGGAUGAGGAGGCUGUUGAUGUCAAGCCAAGCGUGUCGCGGCGCGACAAGAAGCAUGUUGCUGUUGCGGCUUCUGCUGCUCGCGCGCGGCGAGACCGACUUAUGGGCACAUCGAUCCCACGCAAGGCUCGGGCGGCUCCACUGAUGCUACCCUCUACACCCUCCGUCAUCCCUGCUGGGGUAGAGACUAGUUCGCGACUUCCUACGCCGCCGCCGACCGUCUCACGCGCACCGGGGAUGCGAGAGUUCCAAAUCGACCUACUCCAUCUCGCCUCGGACUUUCAAGUAGCAGAUUUGCCAUUUGAGGUUGCGGAACUGCCCACUUUUGAUCGCAAGACGUGGACGAGACUCGGCACACAUCGAUAUGCGUUUGGCCUUGCGCCCAAGCAAGACGAGAGGCAAGAGUGUAGCGAGGCGCUGCUGGGCCAGCUGCGAUACGCGUUCAAGAUCAGCGCGUUUCCAAGUGGGUUGGAGCCAUCGAUAUCCUACCCCACGGUCGCACACGCGCCCUACAAGUUUGUCGACAUCACCUUCUACUCGAAGUCACACCACGAUCGAGCUUGCAACGCGCUCCUGCACUGGAAGAAGGUCAAGCUCACGCCUUGGUUGCAUGCAGCUUUCGUGCCACAUCCAUGGUUCCCCAUCCAGUUCACGUAUCCAAAGGAGUACGUGCACAAUCACGCCGAAUUUUUUCCAAAGGUACACGCGGCAUUGGUCAGGUCCAACUUCGGCAAGAUGGGAAAGCUUGUGGCAGCGUGGGUCAUGCCCAAUGGAUACCCCCAUAGCGUGGAGUUUAUCCCCCAGAGCGGGGAGAGAGACGAACAACCCUAG